AUAUACAUAUUCACGGUAGACGUACGAUUCUAAAGUCAGUGGCCUUUAGAACUUCACAACGUACGGUUGUUUUAAUACCGUCGCUAUAUCGUGUGAAUAAGUGUGCUCACCAUAUCGUUUUUAGUUUAUUCUUCACAAGUUUUGCACGAACGAUUUACAUUUUGGAGGUGAAGAACGAAAUUGCUCAGUGUGUAUGUGUGUAUGAAAAAAAUGUGCAAAAAUAUAUUUAAAAGAAAAAUAAUAAUAUCAAAAUCUAUGCAAAUUAACCGUGUUCACAUUUUUUGUGCUGUACCGGCCAGAGAAAGAUUUGUGUCGUUUGUGUCUCAUUAAAACGCGCGUUCUGCUUUGAACAAAUUUAUGAUAAACGUGGAGGUGUAUUCAUCAUUUUCGUAUACUAAUUAAAUUCAUCUCUAUGAGUAAAGAAGAAAACAGUUUGCGACGACAGAUAAAAAGAUUCGGAAAAAAAUUGCCAAACAAAAUUUGAACAAAUUAACGAAUACAAAAUAUUUACAUAUUGCUUAAAACGUAUAUGCAAUAUAAAUUCUUUAUUCAUCUCUCAGCGAAAUUUAUUGAACGCAUUUUUAAAUGGUCUGUUAAUAGCUCCGCAGCCAAAUGCAUAAAUUUAAUAAAAGUGUCGCAUAAGACAAAAAAAUGUGUUAAAAAGUUGCCAGAAUAAUUUGAAAAUGUUAAUUAAAGAAAAGUGAAAACAAGCAUUCUUGUCACAUACAAAAAAGCGAAGCAAUAAGAAUUUAAUUGAAAAAAAAAUUGGAAAUAAAAUUGGCCGAACAAUUUUUGCGACACUCCGAUUUUUUGGUUAAGUUUUAACAUUUAUUUUGUGAGUGCGGAAAAAAUGCUUGUACCAUCAGACAUGAUAUCGGCACAGUCAAAAAUGGUUUAUCAAAUGAAUAAAUAUUUCGGUGAGCGUGUUCAAUUGCGCAAAUCCGGAAUUUUGAAAACGAUUCAAGAGGUAUGCCGAAUCGUACAGGAUGUACUAAAAGAAGUUGAAGUACAAGAGCCGCGUUUCAUUUCAUCGCUAAAUGAUUACAAUGGCCGAUACGAUGGUCUCGAAGUAAUUUCACCAAAUGAAUUCGAAAUCAUUAUCUAUCUAAAUCAAAUGGGAGUAUUGAAUUUUGUCGACGAUGGCACACUUCCCGGUUGUGCUGUGCUGAAACUAAGCGAUGGCCGCAAGCGAUCGAUGUCACUUUGGGUGGAAUUCAUAACGGCCAGCGGCUAUUUAUCGGCACGAAAAAUUCGUUCUCGAUUUCAAACACUGGUCGCACAAGCUGUCGAUAAAUGCGCUUAUCGUGACAUUGUAAAGAUGAUUGCUGACACAACCGAAGUAAAAUUACGAAUACGAGAACGAAUUAUUGUGCAAAUAACUCCUGCUUUCAAAUGCGCUGGACUCUGGCCAAGAUCAGCUUCACAUUGGCCAAUACCAUCGAUUCCAUGGCCGCAUCCGAAUUUGGUGACUGAAGUUAAAACCGAAGGUUUUGACAUGCUGUCGAAGGAAUGCAUUGCGCUGCAAGGAAAAAAUUCAGCCAUGGAAGGCGACGCAUGGGUUCUCAGUUUUAACGAAGCCGAAAAUCGAUUAUUACAUGGUGCAUGCCGUCGACGUUGUUUGAGUAUAUUGAAAACGUUGCGCGAUCGACAUUUAGAUUUGCCGGGCAAUCCAGUCACGUCGUACCAUAUGAAAACGUUGCUAUUAUACGAAUGUGAAAAACAUCCGCGCGAAGCCGAAUGGGAGGAUAAUUGUAUCGCCGAUCGAAUAAACGGUAUAUUUAUGCAAUUGAUAUCGUGCUUACAGUGUCGACGAUGUCCGCACUAUUUUUUGCCCAAUAUGGAUCUUUUCAAAGGCAAAUCGCCGGGAGCAUUAGAAAAUGCAGCUAGACAAGUUUGGCGUCUGCUUCGCAUUAUGCUGACAAAUACAAGGUGUCUGGAGGAGCUGUAAAGCGGCGGUAAAACAAAUACAAUCGAUUUAGACAACUCGACCCAAUAAUCAAAUCAAUGAGUAUUCAUUUGGUGAAACGAAGGAAAAGUCAUCCUUUUUUGUAGAAAAAUCGCUCGGAAGGGAACUGUUCCUUUCAUGGCGAAGGUUUUCAAAAAGGGAGUCUUGUCUUCUCGAAAUGACGUCUAAUAUCAAAUAUUAGAAUAAUCUUCAAGCAAACAUUUGUAUACAAAUUAAGUCUCGUAUGUAUACGUAACUAUCGAAUUAAGUAUAUAAAUUAUUUAUAAAUAACUUUUAGCCAGUGAAAAUAACAAAAAAUUAUUUGAGAAGUUUUUUUUUAAUUUAGAAAUUUGCAUCGCCAAAAAAUGCUUUGAACGUAAUGCACAGAAUAAAUUUGUUACUUUUCACAUACACACUUCUUUUUCGGAUCGAAUUUUAGAGAAACUGCAGGGCGCAACUUAAAAAAACUGAAUCGAAUUCAUUUAAUGUAUACGAAAGAACAUUCUCAUUUAAUGAAGAGAACAAAAACACAUUUAUAAACUUAGCCAAGAUUCAAUUCUGGACAUUAUUACAUUUAUAUUUUUAAGAUAUGUAA